AUGCCACCAAAAGGGAAAAAGCAACGCAAAAGACCUGCUACCGCGUCAGCUGAUGGCCCGUCAUCGCAGCGUAGUCGCCGUAGUUCGACCAUCAACGCUACAAUGGCGACGCGCAGUGCCAAUCAACCACCUUCAGUUAAUACGGCACCGACGGUUUCUGUUCCUCCUGUUACCGAUGCUGUUUCUACGGAGACUGUUUUGCCGCCCGAGCUUCUCCAGACGCUGGUGUCCACAGUGACUGCCGAAGUAGCGAAGCAGCUUUCGACGCAAUUUUCAACGAUGCUUCCCACUCCAGUGCCAGUGGCAUCAACUGAUCAUCAACCAGUUCCCAAUUACAUGCAAGAGCCAAUUUCACGCCAUAAAGUUCCACCGACACAAAGUCAACAAUCCGAGGCCAACACUCUGGUAACUGGGGCAAUAGCUGCGGCUCAUGCCAGCAUUUCAGGUGAGCCUCAGUUAUUGCCUACAUUAAAUAGUAAUAGCGGGAGCAAUUCUGUGGAACCUACCCAACUCUUUCACUCGGCCAGUUUACCUAUCGAUUCCAGGGUAUCAGCAAAACUUAAGGGAAAAAUUUGGAAUGGGGAGUUCAUCGAUUUUGGCUGCUUGUUGAGCAAUUCUAAUAGCGAUAAAUUUCAGAUUUCAUUCAUGAGUUCCGAAGCGGGUCUCCCAGCUUCGUUUUGUCUCGAACCAGCUUCAAAGCCAAAGAAAAUUUUAAGUAUUGAGGUCUGGCUUCAGGCCUUUCACAUUUUUGUAGGUAUAUAUACCCAAAAAUUCCCGCAUGAGGCCCCCGCCCUCAUGAAAUACGGGCAAACAAUACGCGAUUUGGCGUUACGCGGUCAGAAUUGGCGUUUCUACGACGAAAAUUUUCGAUUUCUCCGUCAAACUCAAUGUAGCCUUGUGCCAUGGGGCUCGAUCCACAGCGAACUGUGGUUGCGUUCACAAUAUUCCACUAUUUCCACCAGCAAGCGAGCCCCUGGACCCCAAAUAGGCCACGAUAAUGGUAGUUUAAAGCCGCGAGUCCGACCACCUAAUGCUGUACCAUGGGGUUAUUGUUUUAAAUUUCAUCGCGGUCUAGCUUGUUCAGGCUGCGAGUUUAAACACGCAUGUUUUAAAUGUCAAGGUAAUCAUCGCAGCACUCAGUGUGGCAAUAAUUUUCGUGGCCUCAGUGGUAAAUCAAUCGCCAAUUCCGAUCGCCCCGCCAAAUCAUUUCCUACCAACUCCGGUAAAACUUUCGCCUCUCAUUAAUCUUUUGUCCGGCUAUGAACAAACUAAUUUUAAUCAAUUAAUUUCUGGGUUUUCGUUUGGUUUUUCUUUACAUUUUGACGGUGAAGCUCGGUUUCUAGAGUCUAAAAACUUAUCGUCGGCCCUAGAACACCCAAGCAUUGUUGACCUGAAACUGACUAAGGAAUUAGCGGCCUUUCGGGUGGCUGGUCCUUUCACAGCUCCGCCAUUUCAUUCCUUCUGUGUUUCUCCUCUUGGACUAGUUCCUAAGAAAACACCAGGCGAUUUUCGUUUAAUUCAUCAUCUGUCGUUCCCAAAAGGGGCAUCGGUAAAUGAUGGCAUUUCCGCAGAAAAUACUAGUGUUCAUUAUGCAACCGUGUCCGAUGCUAUACGUCUAAUCAAACGUGUGGGGCAUGGUUGUUAUUUGGCAAAAACCGACAUUAAAAACGCUUUUCGCAUCAUGCCAAUCCACCCAAAAGACUAUCACCUUUUGGGAAUGAAAUGGCGGGGACUAUACUAUUAUGACCGCUGUAUGCCCAUGGGCUGUGCUAGCUCAUGUAAAACUUUCGAAACAUUUAGCACUGCCGUAGAAUGGAUUGCUAAACAUAAAUUCGGGAUCGAUGAACUUCUCCAUCUCCUAGAUGAUUUUCUAUUUAUUGCCCCUACUAAUAGCCAAUGCCAGGGACAUUUGGAUAGAUUUCUUACAUUAUGCGCGGAACUAGGGAUUCCAAUUGCGCCUGAAAAAACCUGUGGUCCAGCAACGACACUCGUUUUUGCUGGUAUCGAGUUAGAUUCGGUCAAAGGUGAAGCUCGUUUGCCUAUGGAAAAAAUCGCCAAAUGCGUUGAAACAAUUUCAUCUUUUCUUCAACGGAAGAAGGUCACAUUAAAAGACCUCCAGUCCUUAAUUGGCUUGUUGAAUUUCGCUUGUUCUGUAAUUGAGCCAGGCCGCGCAUUUUUAAGGCGCCUUAUUGACCACACACAAGGCACUCAAAAUCCACGUCAUUUCAUUCGAUUGCGUUAUGAAGUAAAAGCGGACUUGCAAAUUUGGCAAACUUUUCUGUCCUCUUUUAAUGGCGUUUCAAUUUUUCGCGAUGAAGCGUGGCUCAAUUCCACCAAGUUGAAUUUAUUCACUGAUGCGUCAGGUUCUAUUGGUUUUGGGGCUAUAUUUGGCACUGAAUGGUGUUAUGGUCGAUGGCCAUCACACUGGUUAAAUCGUAACAUAGCCAUUUUGGAAUUUUAUCCAAUUGUCCUCAGCCUGUGCUUAUGGGGGCAUAAGAUGCGCAAUCAAUCUAUAUUAUUUUUCAGUACCGACAAUCACGCGUUAGUUUAUGUCAUUAACAAAAAGUCCUGUCGGGAUAAGUCAUUAAUGUGUUUUGUUCGCAGGAUGGUGUUAAUUUGCUUACAAAACAAUAUCCUGUUUAAAGCUAAACAUAUCCCUGGUAUUCAUAACAAACUGGCCGAUUGUUUAUCUCGAUUUCAGGUGUCAGCCUUCAAACACUUGGCACCGACCAACAUGAACAAUCUUCCAACAGACAUCCCCCUCGACCUGCAGCCUCAAAGCUGGCGGAUAUAAUAACGCGUUUAACUAAAUCUAGUUUGCAGCCAUCGUCCAUCCCUACUUACACUAGGGCAUGGAGACUAUUUACUCAAUUCCACAGCACAGUUUUUCGGAUGGCGUGCUUUAGCUUACCCAUUUCCCCGGCAACACUGGCACUUUUUAUUGCAUAUUUAUUUGACCGCAAUUAUGCAUCAUCCACGGUCAAUACAUACGUCUCUGCGAUUGGUUACUCUCAUAAAUUGUCUGGUUUCCCAGACCCAACCCGAGUAUUCUACAUUUACAAAUGUUGAAGGGUUAUGCCAAAAAUGGCGCAAGGUUGGAUAGUCGGUUACCUAUCACGUUGCCAAUAUUACAAAGUUUGCUUAAUGUCGCUCCUUCCAUUGCUGGUUCUACAUACCAGGUUUGUCAAUUUAAAGCAAUGUGCUCGUUGGCAUUUUAUGCCUUUUUAAGGAUUGGGGAACUUACUGCAACUAAGAAAGCAUGUCCUCAACCUCUACAAUUACACCAAAUAGCACAUGUGCGCGACUCACAGAAUAAUGUAAUUGGCAUCAACUUGACCUUCUUAAAUUUCAAACACAAUUAUAAUCAACGUCCUUUUACAUUAUUGAUCAAUCGCCAAGCUACCUGUUGUCCUAUUGCAUUACUGCUCGAAUACAUAGCGCUACGAGGUAAUCGUGCGGGUCCUUUGUUUAUCACGCAAGCCGGGGGACCUGUUGCCAGGGAGGUUUUUGCUACGCAGCUGUCCCAAGCAAUUCGUUGUUGUGGUCUGAAUCCAGAUCGUUAUAAAUCUCAUAGUUUUAGAAUCGGCGCCGCUUCUUAUGCUGCCGAACGGGGGAUGUCUGAUGCUCAAAUUCGAACCAUGGGCCGAUGGAAGUCAAACGCCUUUCAUAAAUACAUUCGCAUUUCAUCGCUCAUCACUUAAUUAUUUUAUUAACCUAUCUACAAGACUUGCGGGGGCGUCUUGUGGUGUGGUCUCCUCUCAUAGUAGCAUGCUUCUCUCAACGGGGGACUAAGUGCGAUUAGCACGGGCGGUCGCAUUUUGUCUUUCGUUCCAUAAGUAAUGCACAAUUUAAGUAUAUUCAACGGGCGACCAAAUGCAAUUAGCACGGGCGGUUGCGUUUUGUCGUUCGUUCCAUAAGUAAUGCACAAUUUCAGUAUAUUUAUUAUUAACGGGCGACCAAAUGCGAUUAGCAAGGGCGGUCGCAUUUUGUCGUUCGUUUCCAUCAGUAUAAAUGCACAAUUUAAGUAUAUUUAACGGGCGACCAAAUGCAAUUAGCACGGGCGGUUGCAAUUUGUCGCUUGUUACAGUGGUGUCACCAGUUUAGUGUCAUUGCUUUGCAGCUUUUUUUUUUUACGACACACAUUCCAUAUCAUAUAGUACGAUUUCUACGGAGUUUAUGACCAGAUAGUUAGCAAGGGCGACUAUCUUGGCUGCGCGAUGGGCUAA